AUGGCGGCCACUUCUAGCUUCUCCUCUUCCCUCUCUCUUAAUGCUAAACCCAAUAAGCCCUCUAAGCCUUUCCGUUUCCUCCGUAAUACACUCCUUAAACCCUCAUCUUCUUCUUCCUCCUCCUUCUCCCCUCUUCCCGCUUCUCUCUCUUCCUCUUCUCCUUCGCUUCCGCAUAGAGUUUCUUCGUCCAGAAACGAAACCCACCCUCUUGCCCUUCUCGCGGCGGACAACGAUGACUACGACGAGAAGCCUCGGGAGGAGUGCGGCGUCGUCGGAAUCUACGGCGACUCGGAAGCUUCACGCCUCUGUUACUUGGCUCUCCACGCGCUUCAGCACCGAGGACAAGAAGGUGCAGGUAUUGUAACCGUUAGCAAAGACAAGGUUCUUCAGACAAUCACAGGUGUUGGUUUGGUCUCCGAGGUGUUCAACGAGUCCAAACUCGACCAAUUACCUGGCGACAUCGCCAUUGGUCAUGUCAGGUACUCCACGGCCGGUUCUUCGAUGCUCAAGAACGUCCAGCCGUUCGUCGCCGGUUAUCGAUUCGGCUCUGUUGGUGUCGCCCACAACGGGAAUCUAGUCAAUUACACCAAACUGAGAGCUGAUCUGGAGGAGAACGGUUCGAUUUUCAAUACUAGCUCUGAUACUGAGGUUGUGCUUCAUUUGAUUGCGAUUUCUAAAGCUAGGCCCUUUUUCAUGAGGAUUGUUGAUGCUUGUGAGAAGCUUCAAGGUGCGUAUUCGAUGGUCUUUGUCACUGAGGAUAAGCUUGUAGCUGUUCGUGACCCACAUGGGUUUAGGCCUUUAGUGAUGGGUAGGAGAAGUAACGGAGCUGUUGUGUUUGCCUCAGAGACUUGUGCUCUUGAUUUGAUUGAGGCUACUUACGAGAGAGAGGUUUAUCCUGGCGAGGUUUUAGUUGUGGAUAAAGACGGUGUGAAAUCUCAGUGUCUGAUGCCUCAUCCUGAGCCAAAGCAAUGCAUUUUCGAGCAUAUAUACUUCUCGUUGCCCAACUCGAUCGUCUUUGGUCGGUCUGUGUAUGAAUCUAGGCAUGUCUUUGGCGAGAUUCUAGCCACCGAGUCCCCCGUUGAGUGCGAUGUGGUGAUCGCCGUGCCUGACUCUGGUGUUGUGGCUGCUCUUGGUUACGCGGCUAAAGCCGGGGUGGCGUUUCAGCAAGGUUUGAUUAGGUCUCACUAUGUCGGAAGGACAUUCAUUGAGCCGUCUCAGAAGAUCAGAGACUUUGGGGUGAAGCUGAAGCUAUCCCCUGUCCGAGGAGUAUUAGAAGGGAAACGAGUUGUCGUUGUGGAUGAUUCCAUUGUUAGAGGAACCACUUCUUCCAAGAUUGUGCGUUUGCUGAGAGAAGCCGGUGCGAAGGAGGUUCACAUGAGGAUCGCGAGUCCUCCUAUCGUUGCGUCUUGUUACUACGGUGUGGACACGCCGAGCUCAGAGGAGCUGAUAUCGAAUAGGAUGAGUGUUGAUGAAGUUAGGGAUUACAUCGGGUGCGAUUCUCUUGCGUUUUUGUCGUUUGAGACGUUGAAGAAACAUCUUGGGGAGGAUUCUAGAAGCUUCUGCUACGCGUGCUUCACCGGGAACUAUCCAGUGAAGCCCACGGAGGAUAAGGUGAAGCGAGGAGGAGGAGAUUUUAUCGAUGAUGGCCUCGUUGGAGGGAUUAACAGCAUUGAAGGAGGUUGGGUUCGAUAG